AUGACUUUUUCUUUCUUUCUUUCUUUCUUUCUUUCUUUCUUUCUUUCUUUCUUUCUUUCUUUCUUUCUUUCUUGUUUGUUUGUUUGUUUACUUCUUUCUUUCUUCCUUUUAUUUUGUUUCCUUUAUUUUCUGCCCUUUCAUUUUUCUUAUUCUUUUCUUUGUUUAUGUCAUUGUUUCUUUCUUUGUGUCUCUUUCUUUUUCUUUCUUUUUGUUUUUGUUUCUUUCUUUGAUUCUGUCUUUGUUUCUUUCUUUCUUUUUUCUUUUCGUCCUUUCUUUUUUCCAUCCACGACUAGAUUUCUUUGUUUAUCUUUUUUUUCUGCUAUUUCAUUUUUUAACACUAAUCCUGCCUUUCUUUCUUUGAUUCUUUCUUUCUUUCUUUCUUUCUUUCUUUCUUUGAUUCUUUCUUUCUUUCUUUCUUUCUUUCUUUCUUUCUUGUUUGCUGUUUGUUUAUUCUUUUCUUUCUUUAUAUCAGUAAUCCUUUCAUUCGUUCCUUUCUUCUUUCUUUUUACCUUCUUUCUACUGACUUUUUUUUAUCUCAAAAUUCAAUGUAGGAUUUUUUCGUUCCAUUUCUCUCGUUUUUCCUUCAUAUGGCGGUUUUAUAUUUUUCAAUUCUUUUUACGAUAUUUCUUCAUUUUUCUCUUUAUCUUAUUUUAUAUUCCAUUCAUAUGA